AUGAAGCAACAAAAUAAUCAAUUAACUACAUCCGCUUAUCAAUUUAGAAAAAGAAAAUUUUUGACCUUAAUCUUAGUAACUAUUGUUUUUUUUCUAUUGACUUUAUCUUAUUUUACACCAUCAACACCUUUUGCUCAAGAAACUGCCAGUAAACAACAUUAUUCUGUCAUCACCAGAACAACUGAAUUUGUUAUUGAAAAGACUCAACAAGACGAAGAAAAUGAUUAUCCAACGAUCACUGUUUCUGCAGCAGAUACAGCUACUACCACAGAACUGAUGCCACCACCAUCACCAUCAGUAGAAGAAAGUACCGUCACUUUUCCAAAUAAUUGUACAAAAGAUUUAUCUAGAAAUUCAAAUAUUUUCCCAAAUCAUUAUAAUUUGUUAUUAAUAAUUUCUUCAAGGAUUGAAGACUUUAAUCAGAGAAAAUUAUUGAGGAAAUUGUUAUUCAACAUAAAUGAUAAUUUAAUACCUUGUAUGCAUCAAGACAAUAAUGAACAACCCUUUCAUAAUAUCUAUUAUCAAUUCCUAGUAAAAAAUAUAAAAGGUAAAAAAACUAAAGAGUAUGAUGGGGAGGUAAGAAGAAAUUUUAUAGCAGAAAAAAUGGAAUUUAAUGAUUUGACAGACAUUACUAGUGAUGAUGGUGAUGAUUGGCAAACUUCAAUGUUAAAAUGGAUGCUUAGGAAAGACACUAUGUUUGGCCACAUGCCUCAAAACAUCAUGGCGUUAUGUUCUUCCUAA